GGUAACACCUACGUCUCGGGACCUGGUUUCUCACAUCCUCAGUGGUUAAAUGAGCUGCGUAGGAGGAGUUGAUCUCAGUGCCACAAGAAACUUCCCCUGUCAACAGCGUCGGGCAACGACACGGAGCGCAACGUCUGAGACCCGACGAGAAUCCGGUUUGGAAGUAGUAGGUCCAGUAAGGUGAAUUACGUCCCCGUCCCCCCUCCAGUGGAUUACCCAACUUUGCAACGAGAGCCGCUCGGGACACAGAACUUCGACCGCGCGCGUAAACAUGGAAAUUGGGGAAGUAUGGAUUUUCGCAUUGUCGAGGAAAUUGGGGGAAAGGUAACUGCGGGGCGAAUCGCGAGGUGGCACUUCGGCUGAAACGUGCGCGCGUAAAUGAAAUGAGACAGUGAGCGAAGGGGCCGCAGUUAUGAAUAGCACGGAGGGAGCGGGCCGGUCUCGGCAGCCCACCAUCCCCGUCAUCAUGUUCAUAUUCGGGGUGGUGGGAAAUGUCAUCGCCAUAGUGGUGCUCCGGAUCUCCCGAAAAGAGCAGAAGGAGACGACGUUUUACACGCUGGUUUGCGGCCUGGCGGUGACAGACCUGCUGGGCACCCUGCUGGCCAGCCCCGUCACCAUCUCCACCUACAUGAAGGGCGCCUGGCCCGGGGGGCCGCCGCUGUGCCAGUACUCGGGGUUCAUCCUCCUCUUCUUUUUCUUGGUCCAGCUCAGUAUCGUCUUCGCCAUGUCGGUUGAACGGUACUUGGCGAUAAACCACGCGUAUUUCUACAACGAGUACGUCAACCAAAGACUCGCGGCGGUGACCCUCGUCUUCAUAUACAUUUUCAACGUCAUCUUCUGCGCGUUGCCCAGCAUGGGGCUGGGGCAGGUGAAGCUCCAGUACCCGCAGACUUGGUGCUUCAUUGACUGGCGGACCAAUGACACAAAGCUGGCCACGUUUAACCUGAUGUAUGCGGGGGUGAACUCCUUUCUCGUGUUGGCGACGGUCGUGUGCAACGUGAUGGUGUGCGGGGCUCUGAUCCUGAUGCACAAGCGCUUCAUCCGCCGCACGUCCCUGGGAACGGACCACAGGCGCAUGGCUGACUCCAGGCGCAGAAGGAGUUUCGGACGUUUGGCCGGAGCGGAGAUCCAGAUGGUCAUCUUGCUCAUAGCCACUUCUGCUGUUGUUCUCAUCUGCUCCAUACCUUUAGUGUUGAGGAUCUUUGUAAACCAGCUGUACAGACAUCAGGUGGAUGAGCCUAUAGAGAAGAACCCAGACCUGCUGGCAAUCCGCAUGGCCUCUGUUAACCCCAUCCUGGACCCUUGGAUCUAUAUCUUACUCAGAAAGACAGUGGUCCUAAAGCUGGUGGAGAAGAUUAAGUGCCUGUUCUGUAAAAUGGGCGUGCGGGGCCAAGGCAGCAGAGGGCAGUUCCGCUGUGCUGACGGCGUCCUGUCCUCCUCCUCCAUCGUUUCUCGAGACUCCCCCUCUUUAGUUUCCCGUGAGCUGAGGGAGGUUGUCAGCACCUCACAGACCAUUCUCUACACACCAGAGACAGGUGGCGGCAGACGAGGAUCGUUUCAAGUUGGGAGCUUGGACAGCUCCAGUCCACCAGUGCAAGAAUCGCUGUUAAUGGACAUCCAGAGGGUAGAGGGCCCUCAGAAGGAGCAGGUGCUUGGCAUUUUAGAGGCUAUAGUGCCACCAGGCCAACUGUUUGGCAGGACAGAAGUCUCACAGCUCAAAAGGGCUCCAUCAGAUCAUGAGGACCAGACUUUACAUGUGACCUUCACAGACGAAGCUUUAAACCUACAGGAGAAAUGCAUAUAACUGUCAGGAUAUGCAGCUGUGGGGGGAAAAAGACACACACAUAUAUAUAUAUAUAUAUAUAUAUAUAUAUAUAUAUAU